CCGAGUACUCAAUUUAUUCUCCACGUUACUUUCUCUCUCUCUCCUAUUCUGCAUUUCUUGUUUUCUUUCGGAUUUAUUGGUGUCCAUAACCAUCUCCAUCUCUUUUUCAACGAAGCACCAUUUGAUUACGUAUCCUACUCUCUUUUUUUCAGCAGCCCUCAUCUCUCUCCCCGUUACCCCACCUCUCUCCGCAUUCUCUCAUCUCAGUUUUGAUCUUCACAUCCCUCAAAAGGCUAACCAGAAAUGAAGAAGUUUGUGUUGAGGUUGGACUUGCCUGAUGACAAAUCCAAGCAAAAGGCUAUGAAGACUGUGUCUACUCUUUCAGGAAUUGAUUCCAUUGCCAUGGACAUGAAGGCAAAGAAACUGACUGUGAUAGGAACAGUUGAUCCUGUAAGCGUAGUCAGCAAAUUGAGAAAAUAUUGGCAAGCAGAUAUUAUCUCAGUAGGGCCUGCGAAAGAGCCUGAGCCUGAGAAGAAAGAGGAGGCUAAGAAAGAGGAACCCAAGAAAGAGGAGGAGGCAAAGAAAGAGGAAUCUAAGAAGGAAGAAGCUAAGCCAGAGGAAGCCAAGAAAGAAGAACCCAAAAAAGAAGAGGAGAAGAAGGAGGAGGAGAAAAAGAAAGAACCAGCACCACCGCCAGACCCAGUUAUGGAGCUUGUCAAGGCCUACAGAGCUUACAAUCCUCAAAUGACCACAUAUUACUAUGCCCAAAGCAUAGAAGAGAAUCCAAAUGCUUGUGUUAUCUGUUAAGUGUUGGGCUAUUAUAAAUUAAAGACGACCACUUUUCCUUCCAGCUGAUGAUUGCUUUUAAUCUCAUCAAUGUGUGGUUGAGGCUAGCUUGCGACAUAUAAGAAGUGAGGAGCCCUGCAUGUAUAUAGGUGGUGGUAUAUCUGCCUCUUUCAUCUCUUCAGACAUUAAGUAAUCUGUAGAGAGAAUAAAUGAAAUUUUUGCAGCUUGUUCUUUGAUACAUUUUCGAUACAUAGCUAUUGCUAUUUCUUGUUUC